AUGUGCUACUGCAUAAAAGGUUGUCUUGUUAGCAAUCCGUAUCAGUUGACGGUGAAAAUGUGGAAAGCUCGGAUUUUCUUCAUACUUCUCAUCUUUUUUUUUCUACCUUCUGUUAAUGCAGGAUACAAUGCUAUCGACGACUGUAUUAAGACGAACACACAAAAUAAAAAAAAACCUUCAAUUCCGCCGAGUUCCUGCCACGACAGUGAAGCAGGUUUAUGUGCCGCACUAUUCCAACUGGAUGCACAAACAAUUGGAACUAACUUAAUGGAGUAA